CAUUUCGUCUUUGCCGGUUGCACCCGGAAACAGUUAUUUGUUACUCUACAAUGGCGGCUGUGGAGUCGACACAUGUGGAUUCUCUGGCAGAUAUUGAUGAUGCAGGGUCUUCUUUGGAGGAUACAAGUGAGCUGAUGAGCUCAGAAGAAGGGGGUGAACUUCAAAUGUCAGCCAAUGGAGAAGAUGAUGAGGAAAGUAACAGGGAGGAUGCGGAUGGUGAUGAGGGCAAUGCCAACGCCGGCUGGGCGCAAGCCAUGGCAAAGAUUUUGGGGAAAAAAACUCCCAAGACCAAAGCCACCAUCUUGGCAAAGAACAAAAAAAUGGACGAAGUGAAGGCGAAAGACCGACUGGAGCAGUUGGAGAAAAGGAAACUGAUUGACAAAAAGCGGGAUUGGGAGAUGAUGUGCAGAGAGAAACCAAACCUUGUGAGGGACCGUGAAACUGAAAAGGAUCUGCAGAGAAUUGCAACCAGAGGAGUCGUGCAGCUAUUUAAUGCCGUGAGGUGUCAUCAGAAGAAUGUAGAUGACAAAGUGAAGAAUGAGGCUGGUGGCUCAGAGAGGAAGAAGGCAAAAAUACUUUCCUCGAUUUCUAAAAAAGACUUCAUCGAUGUACUAAGGAAAACAGAAGGGGGCAGCAGCAUCACAGUCAAGGAAGAAAAGGAUGCUGCUCCUGAGGUGGAGGAGAAACCUGCAUGGAGUGUCCUCAGAGACGACUACAUGAUGGGAGCCACGAUGAAAGACUGGGACAAACACAGCGACAAAGAAGAGGAGGAUGUGCCACAUACAGGAAAUGAUUCAGAAAAUGAUUCUGACUGACACCUCUCUCAUACAAACUCAAGUGACUGUAAAUACAGACUACACAGUACAGCCAGGUGGCUAUGACGUUGUUGACCUGCAGGGGGCAGACUUGUUUCAGUCAAUGCCAAUAAUGGGAAGUUCUUUAUCAGAUUGAGGCCUGCUCUGAAGGGAUGGAGAACAUCUAAAAAUGUUGACCCUGACUGAUGUUGGAUAUGCAGGAAAUAAAAUGACAAAAAUAUGUUGAAAGAAGAUGGAAACAAUAACGAGCUAGACGAGGUACUAGUUAAUUACAGUUUCCAACUACAGAUAAUGUCGGUGCUUCAGUUUGUGUACCAUAUGUUAUGUAAUCGCUGUAAAUAUCAGUGUUCUGUACAGUAUUGGUAUCAUAAAAAGCUGUUUACCAAAACAUUUAUUGAUGACACUACUUUACUUUGAACACAGUUUAGUCCAAGAUAGGACUACAAUCAGAUUUUUUAGAUUUCCUAUUGUGUUCUGAGUGUUAUCAAAUUGUAACAUAAAUGGUUGGCAUCUUAUGUAUGACUUAAUGAUAAACACCAGCAG